AUCAAUUUAUGUGAAUACUUUGUGUGUUUUAUCAUUAAAUAAAGAAGAAUUUAUCAAUGGUACUAGUUUACAUUUAAUCAACCUUUCGGAUAAAAAAGUGACAUAUAGACGACUUGAGUACCUCCAUCUAUUGGUAGAUGAUGCGGGACCGAUCAGUUCUCAUGAGUUAUGCAAGACAGCACAGGACGGCCGUCGGUGGGCGGUCCCACAAUACUCCAACCGGUAAUUAGGAUAUCAUGCAAGUGAGUCGUCUCAUUACUAAUGCAAGAACUUUAAUUACACCUUAUUAAUUAAUAAAUUCUAUUAACAAGUUACUUAGCUUACAGUUACACAAGUCAAAUUCUGGGACAAUCAGUAGUUUGUACUUUGGUCUAUUUGUGAGCUAUCAUUUCAAUGACUGCACUAUCUAGUAAAUAAUUGUUAACUGACUGUAUCGUAAAAAAAAAGAAAACUAAUAAUCUAUACAUCACCGAAAGAACUCGUUCGGCCAGAGCGAUUGGUGGCGGGUGCCGAAGGCAGGAGCAGUGCAAUGAACUCGGGCGUGGCGGGCCUGAGCGCGGUAAGCGGGCACGCGGCCGUGCUGCGCCGCGCGGGCUACUGGCGGCUGAGCACCGGCUCCACGCGCGCCCUCCGCUCACACGCACUUUACCGCGUUUUAGUAUUAGCGACUACAUGCUUCUAUCUUUUGCAGGAAUGUAUCUAUGCGUACCAGGAAAAAAGCGACAUGGUGAAGAUGUCCCGCGUCAUGUUCCUGCUUCUGUGCCACGUGACGUCGCUGGCAAAGCAGUUCGUGUUCCUCACGGACGCCGACCGCAUCGAGAGCAUGGUCGCUGGUUUGGACGAGGCGACGCAACGUGCGCUACAGGUGCACACAGGCGCGGCGCGGGGGCUGCUGGCCCGCGCGGCGGCGCAUGCGGCGAGGCUGCGACGCGGGUAUGCGGGCUGCGCGGCGUUCACGUGCCUGCUGUGGGCUGUGUUCGCUGCGCAGGCGCACGCGCGGCGACAGCCCUUCGAUUUCCCGCUUUGGAUUGGAGUCGAUACAACAGACACUACCGGAUUCGUCAUAGUUCUGCUGUAUACAUACUACGUCACGACAUUAGUUGGCGUCGCCAACACUACGAUGGACGCUUUUAUAGCAACGGUACUGUAUCAAUGCAAAACACAUCUCAGCAUCCUCAGAAUGAAUUUUGAGAUGUUGCCGGAGAGCGCGAGCGCGCUGAGCAAGGCUAGCGGCCGGCGACGCGACGACGCGUUUGCGGCGCUCUUCGUGGAUUGCUGGCAACAGUACAAAAGAAUUUGCGAAACGGCUGGGCUGGUGCAGGACAUUUUCGGCGGCGCCAUUCUGGUGCAGUUUGGCAUCGGCGGCUGGAUCCUGUGCAUGGCCGCUUACAAGAUUAUCAGCUUGGAUUUCGUCAGUAUCGAGUUUGCGUCGAUGAUCCUUUUCAUCCUGUGCAUCCUGACUGAAUUAUUCCUCUACUGUUACUACGGCACUGAGCUUACCGAGGAGAGCGCGCUGGUGGUGGAUGCGGCGUAUGGCAUGCGGUGGGCGGGCGAGGGGCGCGCGGCGCGCCGCCUGCUGCUGCUGCUGCUGGUGCGGGCGCGCCGGCCGCUGCGCCUCGCCGCCGGCCGCGUCGUGCCGCUCUCGCUUGACACAUUUGCCAAGAUUCUAAAGUCGUCGUACACUUUUUACGCUGUUUUACGACAAACGAAAUAGUCUCGGUCGCUGUAAACAUGUUUCAUAAAGAAACUCUAAAACAUGUAUCGUCUGUGUAAAUUAUUAUUUAUUAUUACAAUUAAAAAAAACAUCAAUGUUUGUUACGAUGUUUUCCAAACCAAAGAUCACUCGAAACAGUUUUAUGAAAUUUUAGUAGCACUUUCUGGGGGCGACAAAGAAAGUUUGUGCUCUUUUUAAAAAAUGAACUGUUACGCGGCAGUACAACAGCAGUGUGAGUUGUGGGAAUUGAGUCGUAUCCUGGGUGCCGCCAUUGCGCGACCGGCGACAUAGGACACCAUGGAGCACACGCUCGCUGUGUGCACGGGCUGGGACGCCCAACGCGCCAUGUUCACUGGCGCAAUAGGGCGGGAUCGAUUAUCUAUUGUAACCACAAACAAUGUUCUAUACCAUCUAUGUAUUUAUAUUGUUGGAUUGAAAUAAAUUAUCUUUCAUUUUA